AUGCAUAAGGUGGUGGUACCAAGUCGCUCUGGGAUCCAUCGCUUUGCUUGCCUGGCACUUUAUCGGGCCCUUCUUCGACAAUGUUCUCCGAUCGCUGCCGGUGAUGCGUUAUGGCGCGGCGAGACCGAAUCUCUCAUCAAACAAAGAUUUCGAAGAUACAAGAAUCUGCAAAGCCCAUCUCAGGUUGCAAACGCUUUGAAGUCAGGCUAUGAGGCCCUUGACUUGCUUGACCGCGCAUCCGAAGGCAGCCAACAGGACUCCGGCAAGCUCACCGCAAUACUUGCCCAUACAAAAACUUUCAAAGAGCAAUAUGCUGCUAAGCAAAGGAGGAUGACCGAGCUGAAACUGCCGAAACCGGUAUCUCCGAAGCAGGCUCGAAAGGAACAGACUAUGCGAUUCGAGCAAGAAACCUCCCGUAAACAUCCCGAUGCUCUAUCAAUUCUAGCUCGUCCACGGUCAUCCUUAAGUGGGGAACGAAAAGUGCCGGUGCUGGUAAAUGCACGCGGAGUCCCGUUUUUGCGCAUCAAAAAGCCCCAGCCAAGGAACCUUAGUGGCGUCAUACGAACUAAGCUCGAGAAGCGCUGGAACCGUAUUGUGACCCGAGACCGGUUGCAUGUGGAGCUUCUCUUUGCCAAGGACGAGGAUGCUUGGGAUCGCCUGACCAACGCUACUGAGCAAAGCAAGUGGUCCGAAGAGGUCAAGCUUGCUCUGGAUAACGUUUAUGAGAAGAUCCGAGAGACCGACAGGGAAAACCGUGAGCUGGCCGAGAAGAUGUGGAACGUUGUGCUUGAGGAACGAGAAUUGGCCAAGAAAGAGCAAGAGCAGAGGCAGUUUGAGCAAUUGGCCUUGCAGGACAAGACUGAUUGA